AUGACUAUAAAGUGCUGCUGGGGGAUGCGUGUGACUCCCGCAGCGGGAGGGCUGCUCAUCUCGGGUGAGGAGGCGUCGUCGCCGCCCGCGGCGUGUUUCCGUCAAAUUGUGCGCCGCGGAGAAAACGAGCGCGUUUCUCUCUUCUCCUUCCGCCUCUCGUCCUCUGCUGCUUUGCGAAUCUUCUCCUUCUUCUUUGCCUCGCUGUACGUUUGUGUCUCUUAUCGCGCGUGGCGUCUGGAUGCACUCGAGCAGUGCAGAGUGGGAAUGAGUGGCCCGAGUCCGCCGCCGCGUCCUUUACCGCUGCUGGCGGUGGUCGGAGCGUCGACGCCGCCGUCGCCGUAUGCACCUUUCCAGCAGCAGCAGCAUUCGCACCCGAAUCAGUGGAGCAGUCCGUCGUUUCUACGAUCCUUUAGCUCCCCGUUUCCGACAACGUUUGCUGCUUGCAACGAAUCUGUUCAGCGGGACCAGUACACUAACAGCAUUGAGGAUGAUGACAAGGAGGUGUUGGUGGGACGUUCUGCUCAAGUGUUGCUGGCGUCUGCGGGAUGCGGGCCUCCGCACGAACACCAGCGGUAUUAUCAUAGGGGUAAUUUCGAGUCGGGGUCUGCGCCGCAUUCCAGGAUGGACGUGGUGCACGAGACUGACAGAAGGAGUAGGGAUUCAAUCAACGACAACGGGAACGGGUCAGUGUGCAAUUGUUCAUGGGGGGUGGUGGAACGAGCGACGGCGAGUGAUGGCGAGAAUGAAGCUGACCAAGAAGAGGAAGACGAAGACGAGUAUGACGACGAGUCGAGCAAUUGGUCAUGCGAGGCUGCUCUAGAUCUGACGCUAAAGAAGAAGAAGGUAGACGAAGACGCCCUCUAUGUAGAACCAGAUCACCGAAAGCACGAGGAAGACACAAGCCAGACAACAUGCUCUGCCGACCCCUCGUCUGGUUGUCCAUGGACCAACACAGAGACAACGUCGACACCGAUGAUAACAACAACAACAACAACAGCAAUACCGAAGGCGAUAUCCGCAGCACGUCUAGGAAAAGGACGACGGAUGGGCAAGGAUGACGUGGAGAGAGAUGGUCGCAAGAAAGAAGACGAGGAAGUGCAGCAGAGUGCGAAGACGAAAGCGAGCAGCAGUGAAUUGGACGAGUUUCUGACGGCGAAUUCUCGCACGCUCAUUGGGUCAUUCCGGUGCAAGAUUUGCGGGAAGACGUUGUUGAGUUUGGACGCGUUGUCGGCCCACCUGCAACUUCAUUGCUCUGCCGACGGAUUCACGUGUCCCGUGUGCGACCGGGUCUUCCAGAAGAAAAACUCGCUCAAGGGCCACUUGAAGCUUCACGAAGGCAGAGACGUGUAUCCCUGCGAAUACUGCUCCAAGAUUUGCGGAAAGACGUUGUUGAGUUUGGACGCGUUGUCGGCCCACCUGCAACUUCAUUGCUCUGCCGACGGAUUCACGUGUCCCGUGUGCGACCGGGUCUUCCAGAAGAAAAACUCGCUCAAGGGCCACCUGAAGCUUCACGAAGGCAGAGACGUGUAUCCCUGCGAAUACUGCUCCAAGGUGUUCCCUUACCGAUCAAAGCUGGAGAUCCACGUGCGGAAACACACUGGUGAGAAACCGUAUCCGUGCGGGAUCUGCGCCCGUCGCUUUUCAACAAACUCUGAGCUGCGAGUGCACUUGCGUGUGCACGCCAACGACCGCCGGUUCGUGUGUCCCGUCUGCGCUCACAGAUGUCUCACCAAGUCGGCCCUGUCGGUGCAUCUUCGUCACCACACGGGCGAGAAACCGUAUGUGUGUCACGUCUGCGGAGAGGCCUUCAUGUCCCUGUGUCGACUCAAGACGCACAAACUCCGGGUGCAUCACCAUGAGCACAAUCACCUGCCGAACCAGUUUGACGAUGCCAAUGACCAAGAGGCAACGGCAGUUGCUGCGGCCGCUGCAGCAGCAGCAGUCAGUAGUGGUUGUGCGACGAAAAAUGAUGCGAAAUAG